GUGCAGAAGACAAUGCGCGUGAGGUCAAGGUGACGGCCGAGCAUGGAGACCAUGCAGGACAGUGGCGGGUUGCUCGAUGGCUCGAGAGGAAGUGUCGCGCCGGGUCUGCCCAUCUCGAAAACAGUGAAUCAGUUGAAAAUAGUGGAAAGUGGUAAUGAAAGUGGCAAGCUGCUGACCGCAACCAAAUCGAUGGAGAUGGAUCCGUACAAGGAGUUGGAGCUGUAUCUCGCCAAAGUCAACGAAGAGAUCGGCGAAAUCAUCGAGUCGGCGCCGACGACUCCCCUGAUCAUUGCCGACGAGCCGAGGUAUCCCACGCAGACGGCGUUGCCGGUGGAGGUGACGCGUGUCGUCGAUCCUCUUACCGUCGUGAAACCGCCGGCGAGAAGCUUCGCGUACAGACGCGUACCGAACUGCGGCGUCGGUGGCGGCAGGAGCUGCAACGUGCUCGAGGACGUCGGCGAUUGGUCGAAGUUCAACACGAUCAUCGCGAACGAGAUCGACGAGCUGACGAGAGAGCUGGAGCAGAAUAGGAACAAGGAAGAACGGCGCAGAGUCGUGCAGUACAAGGAGCUGUUGAACGAGUUCGGCAUAUCGGACAGCGAGAGUUCCGUUGGCAGCUCGUGCGAGGCGAGCACCGAUCGAUCAUCGUCCCGGCCAAGGAACGCGAGCCGUGAUCGACGAAAUGGAAAGUUGUUCAGCGACGAGACAGCCGAUCGCUUCCUGUUGAGCUCGGACUACGACGAGCCGCGAGACUCGGGGCCCGUUUCGAACGACCGAACGAAGAGCGGAAGCUUGCCCGAGGACCUGCAGCGCCUCGUCGUUGGACACGCUAGAUGUCAAGAUCGUCAAGAUCGUGGAGACGCGGCAGACGUUGACUGUCGAGGGCGGUUCGAGGGGAAUAAUUCUAGUCUAUCGUCGAAACUGGCGUCGAAGCACGAAGAGGAGGAGGACAGUGCCUUGGCUACGCGCGUCAAGUACCUUGCAAACAGUUGCGACCAACCAAAGAAACACGUAGAGAUAAGCUCGAGGACAUCCAAUGAGGAGGUGGAUGAAGAGAGGGCGCAGAUCGGCUCGAGUAAUCGACUCGUCGUCGUGGACGGGUACGCGGUUAAGGACGAGUCGAACGCGAAGCUACCACCGAGGCAACGGUUCGACGCUCACCGAAAGACCAGCCUCCCGGUGAAUUUGGCCUGCCAGAACCGAAGAAGAGCGCCGAGGCUGGCGAGAAUUCGGCGCAACGACGAUCAGACGAUGGAUCCCGAGUACGAGCUGGACGAGGAUAGGGUUCAUCACUCGCCCGGGCCGAGAUCGGCACCGGUCACGCCCACCGAGGAGAAAAAGUCGCCGUUUUCCAAGUUUCUCUGGAAGAAACACGCGCCUGUUUUCCACGAGAACGCGGAGAACGACGUGGUCCUCGUCAGAGUUUCCUCGUUGCCGGAUCAGGACUUCCUUCACGACAUGGGGAACGAGACGACGUUGCGGAUGAAGAACGGCCGGGUGAGUCUGAAAGAUUUGACGAAGAAGAGAGCGGUCUCGCCGUUGACUCUCCGCUCGGACAUAUCGGCGAAGAGGUUGUCAGAGUCCGACAAGGACGUGAGACAGGUUAGCCCUGUGGAUUUGAAGAAAUUCACACUGUCGAGAUCGAGGGGCAACGACGUGGGCGUUAGCUGCGAUCUACCGGAGAACGAGCACGCCGAUUCUAUCGAAAGCGUCGACAGCGGGAAGUUUGACAGGGCGGAGAGCGUGGACGUGAAGAAAAUGCUGGACGAGCAGAAUUCUAGAUCUGGUUCGCUACCGAUUUCUCUUCAAUCCCUGUUAUCGAAGAUCCGAAACGGCUCUGGUUCAUGCUGCCCGAACAGCCCGCCGAUGGAUUCGCUCGCUUGUUCCGACAUGGCGACGCAAACUUCGCCAGCUAUUUCCAGAAGUUCCAGCUUCACGUGGGUCAGCGAUUGCGAAUCACCACGAGCAGAGUCGCAGAUGGAUUCGCAGUCGUUGCAAGAUGAGAGCACGUUGGACCCUGGCUCGCCGCAGGACACCGUGGACGACGACAAUAGAUCAUCGUCGUCGUCUCAGGAUCUUCUGCAAAGCAUGGACGAGAUUUCCUCCGGAAGCCUGUCGCCGGAUACGACCGACAGAGCGUCUCCGCUCGAGAGCGGAAUCGGCACCGCCAGUCCUCCAAGAAGCACCGAUCGACGGAUAGUUAAGCCCCCGUCCUCCGGCAAGUGCCACCGCAAAGAGACCUGGGAGAGGAUUCGGCGGCGGCCAUCGAAACUGAACUCGAGGAACGACAAACACUCGCAGGACGUGUGGAUCAAACGCGAGAGCGUGCACACGCAGACGAAGGAGAUCGAGGAUCGAUACUCGCAGGAGGCGGUGGACAGCAGCAGCGGCCUCGACGACACCCUGCCGAGGAUCAAGCCCCCUCGGCCGAACAAUCUGCCUCUGUGUUUGUCCACCACAGCGAGCAGUUCGCUGAGCUCUGGGGAAUUAUUGGAAACACCUCCUAGAGCACCGUCCUCCCCUUCUGCGGCGAGUCUUCAACUGAAACCGGAACCUCUGAGCGUGGAAAUGGGUGGGAAGAGCAGCAGCGCCCCCCUGUUGGAGAACAACGACGCGGAGAAAACGAAUGGAACGGUGCCGAGUUUGCAGCAGCCACGCUCGCAAUCGGAACGACAACUAUCAGAGAUCGAGGCGCAAGAGGCUUGCAAAUGGCUGAGAGCGGCUGGUUUUCCACAAUACGCGCAGAUGUACGAGGAUUAUCAGUUCCCGAUAGAUGUUUCUGGUGUAGCCAAGGAUCACCCCUUCCUCGAGGCCGAUUCCCUGCAGAGUCUGUUUCGGCGAUUACACGCGCUUAAUCGGUGCGCCAACAUGAAAAUCGACACGCAUCACACGCACAGCACCAGUCACAGCAAAAGCGGUGGCGGCGACGACUCUGACGAGGACACACAGUGCGCCCUCAGCGAGAACUGGACGUUCGAGAAGAAGACCAGACGCUGGUCCCGCGUGUGCGACGUGACGCAAAGCAACGUGGAGAGAUUGCAAGCGAUCGCCGGCCAGAACGUGCAAUCCAACGAGGAGGACUCGCUGGAAGAUCGGCUGGAAGCCGAAGAGGCCGAGGACACGAUGCUGGACACUCUGAGAUACAGCAGCCUGCCACCUGGUACGCUUCCCGAUGAGAUCAGCCCGCGAUUUCGAAGAACCGGCUCCGAGAGGCUGAGGGACGGUGCCAAGGCUUUCCUCAGGCGGGUCGAGUCGUUGAAAUCGCGGCGACGAAAGCAUCAGAAUCGCGACGGCAUCGUGAUCAGCGGGCCCCAAAUCCUAGACGUGAUGUCGAUGCAGCAGAAGAUGAAGGAGCUGAACUGCGUGGAUGUGUCGCCAACAGGGCCUGCGCCGGUGUCGUUCAACGAUCUUCUGCCAGGCUCGCCGCUGCACGUGCCCGGAUCGCCCGUCACGUUGCCAGCCUCGCCUUAUCACCUUCCACCCUCGCCUCUGACCAACGCGCCUAGCCCGUUCGGCGACGAUUCGUCGAGUUAUUGCUCGGACGGGUCACAAGGAGGCGGCCCGACGCCUACGCCGACGCGCACCAAGAUGAAUCGGGCGAAAAGAUUCUUGCAUCGUGGUCGAGAGGAUCAAGGGGCGCUCAGCGACUCCGAGUGUCAGCCAACCAGUUGGCGGCACAGGUAUUUCAGGGACGCGAACAGCAAUCACGCCAAGGUGUUGGAAUACGUGACCGCCCAUCCCCAGAGUCCCAAAGAUUCGCCGACCAAAACUCCGAUAAACAGUCGCGGGGGGAGCCUGAAUCUUGGAAAGGAGUCGCAGAGGUACAGAGACAAGUUGUCGGGCCAGAGUCAGGAGAGGUACAAGGAAGACAAGGUGGCCGCGUUGAAGAGGGAGGACAAGAUGCACAAGAGUUUCAGGCACCGGGACGACUCGUACAGAGAUGGGAAACCAUUGUCCAAAGAGGUGACCGUUUACAGAGAGAAGUCGAGAUCCAGGAGUUCGGAACUGGCUGGUAGCCAGGAGAGCAGUUCGACGGUGGCCAGUCGUGAUUCAGAUCAGGAGGAGGACUCGCCGCGACACAAGGGUACCGUUGUUAGGUGGCACAGUUUUCAGAGGGGAUCGUUGUACCCGGAGCCACUGGACCCUCUGUGUCCGCGAGCCAUGGCCUCGAUGUCCUGCGGCCAACUCUUAGUACUGAGGAAGCUAGCACUAUUGAAACUGACCGCCUGCAUGGAACGAUACUGUCCGACUCAUCGUACCGGUUGGAACUGGGAAUUGCCAAAGUUCAUCAGAAAGAUAAAGACACCCGACUACAAGGAUAAAACGGUGUUCGGGGUGCCGUUGUUGUUAUCCCUGCAGAGAACCGGCCAGGCCUUACCAAAGUGUAUUCAAAUCGCGCUCAGAUGGCUGAGGGCGAACGCCCUCGAUCAAGUUGGAAUCUUUAGAAAAAGCGGUGUCAAGUCGAGGAUACAGAAACUGAAGAUGAUGACCGAGACUCUCGGUGACAAUAUCAAUUUCGACGGUCAACAGGCCUUUGACGUAGCCGAUCUCGUCAAGCAGUACUUCAGAGAGUUGCCAGAAGCGUUGUUAACGAACAAGCUGUCCGAGACCUUCAUCGCCAUCUUUCAACAUGUACCUGUUGAUCUGCGGCCGGACGCGGUGCAAUGCGUGCUGCUGCUUCUGCCGGACGAGCACCGGGAGGCGUUGGAAACUCUGCUCGAUUUCUUGAACCACGUAGCGAGCAACGCUCCCUACAACCAAAUGACAGCCUCGAACCUGGCCGUGUGCCUGGCACCGAGCCUGUUCCACUUCAACCACAAUAACACGAACGUGACCAACAGGUCGAGCAGCGUAUCGCCACGUAGGAGAAAGACCGUGGGCAUUCCCGAUCAGAGGGAACUGUCGGAAAACAAAGCCGCUCACGACUGUCUUCUGUAUCUGGUCAAGAUGCAUCGUGAAUUAUUCAUGGUCUCGUCGGAUAUGUUGACGCAGUGUCAUUUCAAUUACAUGGAGGAGAGCGUGCCAGUCGCGUUGGAAGAGCUGGGAUCCGAGCUCAAGCAGGACUGGAGAGGAUACCUCUACGCCUGCACUACGGCCCUUUUGAAAGAAGCGCGCGAAAAAAGUCGGGGAUGGGUGACGGUGAGCAACCCAGCCGAUAGCACGGUGGAAAUGGCGUACAAAAAGGUCGGGGACGGACAUCCGCUCCGAUUGUGGCGAGUGUCAACCGAGGUAGAAGCUCCGCCGAACGAGCUCCUUCACCGUGUUCUGAGAGAGAGACAUAUCUGGGAUCCGCAGCUUUUGAAGUACAGACUGGUCACUAAGCUAGAUGCGAACGUGGAGGUCUUUCAGUACGCCACUGGGAACAUGAGCCCUCUUCCUGCCAGGGAUUAUUGUGUGCUAAGAUCCUGGCGUAACGAUCUCCCAAAAGGGGCCUGCGUCAUCGUGGAAACGUCCGUGGAACAUCCGGAUGCUCCUGUUAUGCCUGGCGGAACACGCGGCAUUGUUUUAGCCUCGCGCUAUCUAAUCGAACCUUGCGGUAGUGGUAAAUCACGGAUCAUGCAUCUCUCCAGAGUGGAUACAAAAGGACGCACUCCAGAAUGGUACAACAAGAGCUACGGCCACCUCGCUGCCCUUCACCUCAGUAAAAUUCGCAACUCGUUCAAGCACACGACGGACGGCCCCGAGAGCAAAGUCUGAGAGGAGGCAACCGUGCAACGCUCCCAGUUGCACGGUCUUUACGCUAACCUACAGGAUCAGGACGAUCAACAUCAAGAACACAGAAUCCUGAAGGACGUGCGGCAAGUCCAGCCUACGAUCGACGAGGAGUAAAGGAAGAUUCAGAUCGUGCCCACGUUGUCGGUAAUCAUGACCAAGAAGAGAUUGCAAACGUCUCGAACGGAAGUAACGGAUCAACUCGCUGUUAAAGAUGAAUCCCAUCGUGCGUUUCUUUCGAGUUGAUUAACUAGAUGAUAUUUAUAAUUGACGACGUAAGGGACACAAAUGGAAAAUUACUAUACAUAACAGAAAACGUUUAACGAUACCAUGCUCGAGCUUUAAUCGAUGUGAAGCAAUUUCUGUUGAAGCCUGAAAUGUAUAGCGUUAGACGAAUUAUUCAUUAACCGUGUUGUUAGAGGACGAAGAGUAAAGAAUUUAUUGUUAUCGUAAUUCUAGACGAAAAUUCUCUCUGUGUCACGUUUUAUUGUCUAAGGAUCUUGCCGUCCAGUGAUGCCGUGAAAGUUGUUUGUUUGAAGGAAAGAAAAGAAAAGUAGAAAAAGAAAAAACAAAAAAAAAAAAAAAAAAAAAAAAAAAAAAAAAAAAAAAAAAAAAAAAAAAAAACAUUCAAAAGGCAGGAGACCGAGUCGAAGAAAAAAUGGGCUAGUAAGUGUCUUUUUUCCCCGUAGGAUGCAGCGCAUUAUUUUUGCAAGUAGCCGUAGUCCAAUGUUAUAUCGUUGAUCGAAGUUCCACAGAACGAUGCUUUUAUCCUCGGCGAUAACUGGUGGUAGAGUAUAACAAGUUUUCGCGAUGUUUCGUCAAUACGAGAAAGGAGAACGCUACCCCGUAGCAUGUGCCGAUGCCUUUUCUCAAUGGUUAGAUAGAUAAUUAUAACUAAUAUACGCAAAGUAUGUAAAAAAAAAAAAAAAAAAAAAAAGAAUGGAUAUAAAAUAUUUUUCGAUUUACAAUCGCUACGCGACACGCAGUUGCAAAAUCUGUGUGUAUAUGUAAUUCUUGGCGUCGCACGAUGUCCAAUCUCACCAAAUGAUACGUAAGCGAUCGAUGAAGUGAAUGAAGCCGCGCACAAUAUUGCAAUUCGUUCGUUAAUAGCACUUAAGAGCCUCCUAUUUUGUAUGUUUCUUUCGGACCAAAUGCCAAUUUUUCUAUUGUAUGAUAUCAGAGGGCGCCAUCGUGUUGAAUAUCUCAAGACUAUGAUUCUUUUUAGAGAGCGAUUCAUUUUGUAAGUGUCACGAGUUAGAUGACCACGGGAGGAUAUGUUUAGCGGAUACGCAAUUAUACGAUGUAUAUGAAACAAAGAAAAAAAAAAAAAAAAAAAAAAAAAGCGAAGUUAACGCGAAAAUCGAUCGUCAAACGCUGUUCGCGUUUCCGUACGUGCGAUUCCAAAUUGCGUUUCGUUUCUCGAAUCGUCGUAAAAUUAUCGUUAAAUUGUACAUUAUCACGGUUAAUCCGACUUAAUCGAGCAAUGCGAAAGGAUUUUGAGUAAACUUGUAAGUUUCAAUCGCGGCCGCGGUUCACAGUAACGCGGGCCGCGAACGAUGUAAAACUCGUAAUUAAUUAAGCAAUCGUCAUUAUCACUCGUAUUAUCGAUGUUGAAGCGUUGAAAAGUUGUCAUAGAGUCUAUUGUUAAUUGUCUGUCUGAAAUUAUAAAUGUCAAUCGAGCCGAUGGUUCGGGGAACUUGUUUUUGUCGAUUGUUCUCGGCCAGUCGAGCAUUUAGAACGAGUCGUCGUCGUCGUUCGUGCAUGCACCAUUAAUUAACGCAUAGGGACCACCUUCGUUCGGACCCCACACUCACUCAUCCUCACACACACACACACACAUACACACACACACACACUUUAGAAGAAAAACGGAGAAAAAGAAAAAAAUAUAUUAUAUAAAUAUAUACAUAUACAUAAAUAUAUCGAAUAUCGGGAGAAAACGACCCGGAGAAAUAAUACACCUCAUCGAAUCGAAUUAUAAGUGUAUUUUAACAUAAUACUAGUCACUUACAAUUUAGAUGAAGUUACGGAUGAAUUACGGACAUAAGUGUAUAGAUUUUUAUUCUACGAACGUUACGUCAAGAAUAUUUAAUUAUUAUUAUUAUUAAUGUUAUUAUUAUUGCAUCAUUGACAUAUAGAGUAAUUAUAUGGAAAAGAAAGAAAUAUAUCAAUGAUAUUUUUGUGUCCAAAAAAACGCCAAUAAAGAGCACCGUGAAUGAAAGUGCGUAUGCGUGAGAGAGAAAGAGAGAGAGAGAGAGAGAGAGAGAGAGCGUUUGAAUGUUUCUCCGUUAUUUGUAACGAUAUACGUCUUUAUUCUUGUAAUUCGUGUUUCACUAGAAUAUGUAAAUAUGUAUAUUAUACAAUAAUAUGAAACACGAUUAUAUACUCAUUAAACGAAAUCGUUUUAUUUUGCA